AUGCGUUUCUCCAUCGCGACAUCCGUCCUCACUUUCGCUGCCUAUUCUGCAGCUAUCAGCAUCACUUCCCCGACCAAGAAUGAGGAAGUUGACUUCUCCGAGGGUGUCACGGUGAAGUGGUCCUCCGUCAGCACCGACCCGUCGACUUUCGACCUGUAUCUCGUCAAUAUGCACGUUUAUCCCAAUGUCAACACCAAGAUUGCCAGCGGUGUGAAGACCUCUGACGGUUCCUACACCAUCAAGGGCGUUUCUGGAAUCACCUCGGGCGAUGACUACCAGGUCAACUUCCUCUCCGAUGACCCCCAGAAUAGCGGUAUCCUGGCCCAGUCCGAGCAAUUCAGCGCCGAAGCUUCUUCCUCUUCUACUACUGCCGCUUCUUCCAGCUCUGCCAGCACCAGCACCGCUUCUUCUGAAACCACCUCCACUGGUUCAAGCACUACCCUGACCGUGGCUUCGACAACCUCUGGUUCCUCCACCGCCACCGGCUCGUCGACCUCGUCCGGCUCCUCUACUUUCGCUACCUCCGCAUCGAGCACCGGUUCCUCCACCAGCUCUGCCACCGGCACUUCCAGCAGCGGCGCUACCCACGCCUCCAGCUCCGCAGAGCCCAGCUCCACCAGCAACGCUGCUGCCGGUCUCAUUGCCCCUGCUACCGCCGGUGGAUUCUUGAUGGGUCUCUUCGCCCUGUUCCUGUAG